AGGAAACGUAAGGAGCUAUAAGGAGAAAGAAUGGAAAUGAAAACGCGACAAACAUUCAUGAACGAGAAAAAACGCGUACAAAAACAAGAGCCAAAAAAAAGAAAAAGAAAAAGAAAAACAUAAAGAAAAAACAAAUACAAAUACAACAAAAAUGAUACAAAAAGCUGAACCAAAUCUUCAACAAGUCAAUACGUCGCAACAAGUCACAAAACUCUGUUACCUCUGUAAGUUUCAUAAGCCUUGCGCCUCGGAUUCACCUUAUUCCGCCUACCAUAUUUUGGAUAACCUUAGUCGCCAGAAGCACUUUGAUUGGAUAUCGUUUAUAACUCCGCAGAGGCAAAGUCUGACCUCUCGUGUCCAAGGGAUGACCGCAUAUGUUCGUUUGUUCAGCGGUGUUUCUUCAUGA